GUUUACUUGUUUAAUAAAGAAAAACAAAUGGACGGUAGAUACACGGAUUGUGGUACUUUUGGCACCUCAUCCAUCUGACCUUGAAACCAAACAUGUAGAUAUAUCGGCAGGCUAGAUAACAGCAGUUUAUCCACACACAUGGAUCUGACAGCAGAACGCCACAGUGUCCCUCUCAGUGACGGGAACCAUAUCCCACUGCUGGGAUUGGGCACCUAUGGAGACCCUCGAACGACACCCAGAGGCACAGCACUUGAGUGUGUCAAGCUGGCCAUAGAUGUGGGUUACAGGCACUUCGAUGGAGCAUUGGUGUAUUUCAAUGAGCAUGAAGUUGGUCAAGCCAUUAGAGAGAAGAUUGCUGAUGGAACCGUUCAAAGAAAGGACAUAUUUUACUGUGGGAAGCUCUGGAAUACAUUUCAUCCACCAGAGUUGGUGAGACCAGCUUUGGAGAGGACACUGAAAGCCUUACAACUAGACUAUGUGGAUCUCUACAUUGUUGAACUCCCUAUGGCCUUCAAGCCUGGAAAAGAGUUCUAUCCAAAAGACCAGGAUGGAAAACACAUCUACCACCACACAGACCUCUGUUCAACAUGGGAGGCUUUAGAGGCUUGCAAAGACGCAGGGUUGGUUAAAUCUCUGGGAGUCUCCAACUUCAACCGCAGACAGCUGGAGCUGCUGCUCAACAAACCUGGCCUCAAACACAGACCUGUAUCCAACCAGGUUGAAUGCCAUCCAUAUUUCACACAGCCCAAGCUUCUGGAGUACUGUCGUCAGAAUGACAUAGUGAUAAUUGGCUACUGCCCAAUUGGCUCCUCUAGAGAUGCCUCCUGGGUGAAUGUGAAAUGUCCUCCCCUGCUGGAGGACGAGCUGCUUGUAUCCAUUGGGGAAAAAUACAAGAAGAGCACGGCUCAGGUGGCUCUGCGCUUCAACGCCCAGAGAAGAGUUGUCGUGAUCCCCAAGAGCUUCAGCCCCAAGAGGAUCAAACACAACUUCCAGAUAUUUGACUUUUCACUCACUGAGGACGAAAUGAAAGCCAUUGAGGCGCUGAACAAAAAUAUCCGCUUUGUGGAGCUGCUGAUGUGGAGCGACCAUCCAGAGUACCCAUUUCAUGAUGAUUAUUAAUAUGAUGAAUGACUCUUUAUAAAACAAAGUAUUGAUUGACUGAU